UCUCGUGUAGUUCAGAAAAGUAGGUUUCGGAUAAAUAAUCUAGACCUUGACCCGUAACGUUAAAAGUACCUCCAAGAGAGUAGUCAUGAGUUUAUUUUAGAAUGAAAAACAAAUUGAUAUUGACAAUAUGUCGGAAGAUAUUGUGGUAAAUGUGGAAACUGGUGAAAUUCGUGGAAAAAGUCACAAGAAUUAUCAUGGCGGAACGUUUUAUAGAUUCAGUGGAAUACCGUACGCAAAAGCGCCUGUCGGAGAUUUGAGGUUCAAAGCUCCUGUACCCUGUGAACCAUGGACUGGGGUGAGAGACGGGACGAAGGAAGGUCCUGAAUGUCCUUCAAAGGUUUAUGGUUUCCACAAUGGCAAUGAGGACAACUGCUUGAAUUUGAACGUGUACACCAGAAAGUUAACCUCUUCAGAAAGUGAGAAAAAUCCAGUAAUGGUUUUCAUACACGGUGGGGGAUUUAUAAGUGGAUCUAAUAGAAAUAUUACCGCUGGACCUCAUUAUUUGAUGACUCAAAAUAUUGUGCUUGUAGUGAUCAAUUACAGAUUAGGUGUAUUUGGAUUUUUGAGCCUGGAAGACCAAUCGUUGGGGAUACCAGGGAAUACCGGACUGAAAGACCAAGUUUUUGCCUUAAAAUGGGUUCAGCGAAACAUUCACAAUUUUGGUGGUGAUCCAAAUAAUGUCACCAUCUUUGGAGAGAGUGCUGGAGCUGCUUCAGUUCAUUACCUGACUUUAUCUCCUCUAUCGAAAGGUUUGUUCCACAAGGCUAUCAUGCAAAGUGGAACUGCUUUGAAUUCCUGGGCCCGAGGUAGAAGAAAUGCCCUUGACAUUGCUGCAGGAAUGGGUUACGAUGAUACCGAUGAAAAGUCUAUAUUAGAAAAACUCCGAAGAGCCACAACGAAAAGUUUAGUGAAUGCCGCAUUCAAAAAUGGGGAAAAAUUUGAACCCGGUCAGGUGCGCCCCUUUGGUCCAGUUAUCGAAUAUCCACACGAAGGAGCAUUUUUGAGCGAAGAACCAAUCGAAAUAAUAAAGUCUGGAAGAAGUCAUCAGGUCCCAAUGAUCAUAGGUUACAACUCUUUGGAAGGAAUGCUGUAUGGAUUCAUCCGCAAAAUGAACAAUUGUGGACCACUGUCUGAAAGUAUCGAGAAAGAUAUACCAUAUGACAUGAAUAUUUCACACAACAAACAGUUGGUGAAAGAAGUAACUAAGAAAAUUAAGGAUUUCUACUAUAAAGACGCUGAAAUUUCUGAAGAAAAUAUUAAAAUCAAGUAUACGCUGUACGGUGAUAUAUCGAUGGUUCAUGGUAUUCAAAAAACAGCUCGUCUGCUGAAAAAACACGGAUCUGCUCCUGUUUACCUAUAUCGGAUGAGUCUGGAGAGCUCCUUGAAUCUUUCAAAAAGAUUUUGUCAAACGAAUUACCUCAAAACAUUCAUAGCCAUGUCGAUUUUGACAAAAAUGUCAUCUCCUUUCGUAAGUGGGAUACUAGAAGGUUUGAAGAAUAAAAUUCCAACGACUGACAUUGGGGGCGUAUCACAUGGAGAUGAUUUAUUUUUUCUAUUCAGAAUAUGGUUUUCUCCAACCGUAGUGGUAGGUUCCGAGGAGGACAGAUAUAUUCAAAAGUUCGUAAAGGCGUGGACGAAUUUUGCCAAAUAUGGAAAUCCCACACAAGAACCAGAAUCAGUUUUGGAUGGAGUCAUUUGGAAACCAAUUGAGAAUGAAGAGUUGAAUAAUAUAUUUGAAAUCAACAAAGUCAUCAGUAUCACCAGAAAUUUCGAAAGUGAUCGAGCUAAAAUUAUUUGA